ACGGGGACAGCGACUCGCACACACAGAGGGCCUCAGCACAGACACGAAUAUUCACACAGAGACUCACACGAAUAUUCACACACAGAGACUCACACGAAUAUUCACACAGAGGCUCACACGAAUAUUCACACAGAGACUCACACGAAUAUUCACACAGAGACUCACGAAUAUUCACACAGAGACUCACACGAAUAUUCACACACAGAGACUCACACGAAUAUUCACACACAGAGACUCACACGAAUAUUCACACAGAGACUCACACGAAUAUUCACACACAGAGACUCACACGAAUAUUCACACAGAGGCUAACACGAAUAUUCACGCACAGAGACACAGGGAAUCUUGAUUGACUCACACACAGCGGGACAUAACAAACACAUAGAGACUCGGCUCAUGCAGAGAUACAGAAACUCGAACAUAGUGUAAUGCACGGAGAUACAAAGUAAUACAGUCUUAACACAGACUGAUGCAUAGACAGUUUAAUGCAACAGACGGACUUAAUACAUAGCCAUCGUGAGUUUCAUACAUUGAGUGUUCGGUUUAGUCACAAAGACGCCGAGACACCCAGGCGUGGGACAAGAAGACACUAAAGACAUCACCAGGAGGCUGUGGUGUCCUGGAAAACCAGAAACCCACUCCGAUCAAGAUGAGAGCUUGAACAACAAACCAUGUAGACUUGAGCUAAAGUGUAUCAUUACAGACAAGAAAACAAACUGAGAAAGUACAAACUAAGAGAAGGGGACGCUUCGACACAUUUGUUUUUGAUUGCGUCUUCCACUUGGAAAUCAUCAAUCUCUCAACGCUUCAGAUGAACCCUACAAUGUCUCAUACGAGUCCAGAACAGACCUCCUCGACAAUGGGCCGACUGGACUGGAGUGCCUUGGUCGCGUUUGCCAGCCCGUGGCUGCAGGGCCCGCUGAGCACCCACUCGUGGGUGAGCCUGGUGGCGCGGGGCGCCGUGCUGUUUGCCGUGGGCGUCUUCCUCGCGCUGGUGCUCAACCUGCUGCAGAUCCAGCGCAACGUCACGCUCUUCCCACCCGACGUCAUCGCCAGCCUCUUCUCCUCCGCGUGGUGGGUGCCGCUCUGCUGCGGCACUGCAGCAGUUGUCAUUGGGCUGCUGUACCCCUGCAUCGAUAGACGCCUGGGGGAGCCUCACAAAUUCAAGCGCGAGUGGUCGAGCGUAAUGAGGUGUGUCGCCGUCUUCGUUGGAAUCAACCACGCCAGUGCCAAAGUGGACUUUGCCAACAACAUCCAGCUGUCGCUGACGCUGGCCGCCCUGUCCAUCGGCUUGUGGUGGACAUUUGACAGAUCGCGGAGUGGCUUUGGCCUUGGCAUUGGCAUCGCCUUCCUUGCGACGCUGGUCACGCAGUUGCUGGUCUACAACGGAGUGUACCAGUACACAUCUCCAGACUUCCUCUACGUGCGCUCCUGGCUGCCGUGUAUAUUUUUUGCAGGAGGAGUCACAAUGGGGAACAUCGGCCGGCAGCUCGCAAUGUACGAACGUCAGCUGACUCACGAGAAGCUGCACCAGGAGUGAAAGGAUGGUUGGUGUCAGCCACGAAGCUUCGUGCACAACGGAGGCGAGGGGAAAGCGUGGAGAGAGACAGAGAAGAGAGAGGGGGGUGAUCCCAUCGGGAGUCGGUCCCAGAAGAGCGUGAAUCUCCAGUACGGCUGCACAGUGGGUUUCGAGUUGGAUACUGAGUUAACCACGUGGGAAGAGCUGUGUGUGUAUAGGGCGGUGUAUGCUAGCGUGACGCACGCCGCCACGUUGCAGUGAGCAAUGCAAACCCAAUAUGAAAAGCGACACAUUUGCCAACAGCUUGUUGAUACGUAGACAGUAAUUAAGUGGUAUACACAGGUCACUUCCGAGUACAUUUUAAGAAUGUGGCCAUCUUUUUACAUGAACGGUGUUGUUUUGUUGAUAUCCGAUCAUGCGAGGUACGAUGCCAAUGAUGAAAUCGUAGAUCUUGCUCAAAGCAUCCAGUAUUUGUAACACCUUUCAGAGUUCAUCAGUAGGUGUUAGAGUUGGUUAGAGAACUCUGAUCAGUUUUCUUUAUACGGAAGUAUUCGUGUCAGUUGAGUUUCAUAACAAAUCAACUGUAAAGGUAUUUCAUUUUUUACUUUUAAUUUUAGCAUGUGCGAUUACCGGAGGAAAUGUGUACAUUGCAGUUAAAAUGUAAUGCACCAUUUUGAAAUGAACAACAUAAAAGUAAAUGUAUUGAUGCUUCAAUGGUUGAUCAAGAAACUCAAUUCAAAUUGUGGUUGUUUUAAGCAUUUGCUAUUCAACUGCAAGCAACCACAACUUAUCAGAACGUGAGACGAUUAGAAAUCGCGUGCCCCUGUGCAUAUCCCAGCAUGAAGCUAUACAUUUGGAAAAGUAAUAGCUAAAUUGACGUAGGUUUUUAUCCAACAGUUACAAAAUAAUUGGCAAAAGUGGGACAUGUUGAAAGGAAUUCGACAAUUUCCAUUCACCCUUUAUGUUUUUGUAAAUACAGAGGUUGUGCCUUUUGUGAAUUCUCAGGGCAUAUCCAAAAUACUCUUUGGUUUUUUUCAAAUCUAGAACAUAUCCAACAUAUUUCGUUAUAGCUCCUGUUAACUUAUCGUUUGGAAUGCAUACACAUCGACCGUUCCCUAUCCUCAUGAUCGGAGAGGGACCUUGUCCAGUCUGGAACGUGCGAAAGAAACACAGGUUCGUUAACGAAUGACAAAGCCCAAGAAACAACUGGGUUCUGUUUAGUUUCUAUGUCAGAGCAGGGUGUCGGUCCACAGAGAUGCUGCUGUGGAAAUCCACUUUGUGUGAGAAUAAUAACGUGCCAGUGCACCCCCAGAAGCCCAUUUACUGGUUCGAGGUGGAUUUGUGACCGUUAUGAGCUCCACAGAUCCUGAGCUCCAUUCACUAAACAUGAAUUUUCUCUUCCCCCCCCCCCCCCCCCCCGCUUAGUGAUGCUUAUCAUGAUGUUGCCGUGAGUUAGAGGGGCAACACCUUGUGAACGAAGGUUAUGGCCUUCAGCGUAGCUGCGAGUCAGCAUUGAGGCCGCACAGGUGGCUUAUUGUGCAUGUGUGCAUGGUGCGGUGAAUGAAUCGGGACUCCCUGAAGUCCGAUUAGAAGUCAAUUGAUAUGGUUUGGUGGCAAUAAUACCAGACAGAGGAGAGUAAUCCCCACGUGGCAGUUGUAUGCACAAGCAUAGAGCUACAAAAUAGCAGCUAUCUUGCUUACGGGUUGUCUUCCUUUAAACGAAACCUCAUUCGUGUUAAUCAUUACGGCUGGCUCCAGGCAACCGAUCUAACACUCUUAUUCUUAUUUAAAAUCCGCUACGGUGUAUGUUGUCACUCCAAAAUGAACAAUGUUCUGAGUAUUUUGCCAUUUGCAGCCUACUGGUUUGUUGAUUCUAUACCUUCUUGACACUCGGUAUUUGUGGAUUACCUCUGUAAGUAGACUGCAACAGAUGUCCCUUGCCUCUUGCUGCUAUGCUACUGCAAUACAUGUUAAGGUGCACAGCACACACGUGCAUCCCUUCCGUUAAGAAUACUUGAACGUGACCUGAAUAUUCAGAGAUUUAAGUAAUUGUGCAAAUGUUUAGCUUUGACUAUUGAGAUCCUCUCAGAGAAUCUGUAUCUUAAACGUUUUAAGUGCAAUACUAGCAGACGAUAUGCAUCCACGCCUGCGUAAAACUAUAACACAAUCUUCAUCUAUAACUAUAUAGGUCUUUUUUGACUACCUAGAGGAAAAAAAGAAGUGGCUGAUUGGCUUUUGUAAAUAAAAAAUAAAUAUCACUUGUGUAUUGAUAACCUUACGUGUGUCAAAUAUAUUAAUUUGUUAAAAUAUUCAUGCGAGCUAUUGGUUGUUUGAAUGUUGAUGUGAUAUUUCUUACAUGCUUGCUGGAAUUUGCUUUCUCUGUGCAUUGAUGUAGGGUGUGAAAAUUGCGUUACCCCCGUCUCGAGGAAAUAUCUCUUACAUAUAAAAAGAAAUAUCAUAAGACACACGGAAACUCUUGAAAUGUCUUAUCUAACACACAUAAAACAUUACUACAAGUGAUGGAAACUCCCAAGGUUAACAGGAGGUGUCCUGUGGAGAAAAUGGCUUCCUUAGGAAUGUGGAAUUUACACCGCUAGCUCGAGUCUCCGCAUUGGAAAUGUGUGCUGCCCCAUUACGUGGGCAGGCAGACUCGUCAAGUUUAAUUCUGCAAUCGCUUGUCCGAUGUUAUUUUAGAGUCCGUGCCAAAAACGACCUGUUAUAAGGCUAAUUCAAGCUGAUUAUUUUAUUGUCUGGGUAUAAAUGUUGCACCUCUUGAAAUCAUACUCAAGCAAUGUGACCUUGAGUGUGCACGAUGAAGUUCAAGAGUGGAGGCCCUGGACAAGUGUUAUAAAAAAUAAUAACAACCCAACAUGGGUAGAUGAGAUUAUCUGGCCAUGGCACUCAAUCAGUGUUUACACUGGAGAGUUAAUUCUGAAUAAAUGCUCAGAUUAGAACAAAAUCAAGAGUUUAAUAACACUCCCUUGUGUGAACACCGCUGAUGCGCUUCUUGGCCUUGCUUAAAGGGCAAUACUCUACAAAACAAACGUGUACAAUCUUCUUAGAAUGACAUCACAAACAUCCGAGGGGCCAGUUGAAUGCAGCACGUAAUAUUUGUAUUACAUUUUUAACUAUUCUCAAUGUAUUCCAAACUGUUCGGCCACAUUUAGCAAAUGUAUAAGUGAGUUCAUUAAAUAAAUAUUGCGUUUCCUUGAACCGGCAAAA